AUCAUAAUCUAAUCUUUCUGAUCUGGAAUUUCAAAGAUCCACCACCUUUUCAUAGCAUAUCUCUUCGAUGAUCCUCCGCAGGCUGCUGCAUGGCUCUCGGCCGCCAUCCAUACGGUCUAGCACUAUCUUCUCCCCCAAUGAGACCGUCUUGAAGGAGGUUUUGGACCAUUUAGGGUCGAGAAACUCGACUAUUCUCUUUCUCCUGUCUACCUCCUUGCCCACCUCCUCACUCGAGCCUUUCCUGCGUGUAUUGAACUCGCAUUGUCCUUCAUCCAUCGGAUCAUUCUCUAUUGCUGCCCCUGGUCAAGCACCCAGCAUCUCCAUCGCCUCCUUCUCGAGCGGAUCUUCGACGUUUCAAACCUCCCUGUCGGGCAGGAGCGAUCCCGAAGUUGGGAGAUGGCAUCGGCCUCGGAAAGUCGAGCGUGAAGAUCUCAAAGGCUUAGACGUCGGAGAGAUCACGGCUAUAGAGAGUCAGGACGGCUGGGCAGGUGUGUGGAAUGCAGAAAAGGAUGUCUCGACCAUUCCAGAGCUGGAACAUUCUCGUGCUAAAUCGUUCUUGGUCUUGAGCGACAAUCACCCCGAUCCAGUCGUACAAGCCAUAAAUGGCGCUGUUCCAUCUGCAUCGGCUGUCGGACUUAUGACGGCACAAACGCCUUUCAUCACUGGUCGACCACAUACCCUGUUCCAUAACGGUCAGAUCCUCUCAUCUGGGUCGGUCGGUAUCGCAAUAGAGGAAAAACUAUCCACAGAUAUAGAUUAUCGUCUUGAGCCAUUGACCGAAGUCUUUCCCGUAUCCCGGGCCCAGGGCAAUCUCCUCCUGAACAUCGACGAUGGUGGCGAGGGAAACCCGGCUAGGACUCUCAUCAACGCUCUUCAUCGACACAAGGGUCGGACAGGCAUCACAAAGGAAGAAGAAUGGUUCUUGUCGAUCCACUCGGAUGGCUCUGGCGAGCCAGAUAAUGUGGUGAAGAUCCUGAGUGGAGAUCCCAGCCGGGGCGUCUUGUCAUUGGAGACUGAGAUCUCACUCAGAAAAGGUCAAAGUGUUCAGUUCCUACAUCGGACCCAAGCGAUCGAGACCUCGGAACCAAGAGCUGGUGUGCUAGCCUUCGCGACGCUGCAUCGAGAUCACCACAGUGUCGCGAGCGAGGUCUCUGCAGGGGAUGCUCGGGUAGUGGACGGGUUCGUCGGUCACGGCGAAGAUGGGAUCAUCCAUGGGCAGUCAAUCUGCAAGGUACCGGGCGCCAUAGUGUCGGCCAAAUAGGUACCCAGAUCAUCAUAG